ACCUUAAAAUUCUUUUGAACCAUAGCGUUAAAUCGGACCAAUGAUGGUACCUCUGAAAAUGAAACAGGUAUGGUGUUAGAGAAGAAAAGUGAAGGUGGUGAUGGAUUAUAGCUUGGCAGCGUUGAAGCUCUUAUGCUCGCAGCUGAAGCAUGUUCGAGAAGUGUCCUCUCAGAACCGCUUCACCCUCGGCGCCAUCCUCUUCCAGCGCGCUUGGUUACAGGGCCUUCUCGUCUCCGCCUCCGCCGACGGUGCUCCUCUGCUUCUCGACGACGGAACCGGCCUCAUCGAGCUCUCCCUCACCGGCGAGUUUCGCCACCAUCACUGGAAACCCGGGAUGUAUGUGAUGGUGGUUGGAGGGUACGUCGCACGUGCGGGAGAACUUCCCAUGAUCAAGGUUCACAAGAUUGUUGAUCUUUCAUCAUCACCUGACCGGGACGCUAUGUGGUAUCUUGAAGUUGUGGAGGCAUACAAGCUGUUCUAUCAACCUCUUGUUGAAGAAUUUACCUGAUAGGAGUACAUGAUUAAACAGAGAAUGUGUAUUGAGGUUGACUUCUGACAUCUGUAAUUUCCCUUCUUUUGGCAAGUUAGAAAUAGAGAAUUUUCUAAGAUUGGGUUGGUAUUCACAUCUAUACAUUUCUUUAUCCAAUGAGAAAUUCACCAGCAAAGGGCAUUGUAAAAUCACUUCUGCAUUGAUCGAAGUCGGUAUUAUUUUGGAUUUUAA